AUGGCACCAACAUCGAAUAUCCACGCCCGAUCUCACAGUCUUCUUCUCUUACAGAAGCUACUCAACUUACGCGAUGGCGCAAGUCCUCUCACUCUCAUGAUCGAUAAUCUUGAGCAACCCGCGAGACCAGUCAUUGGUGAAUUUGUAGCUCGAGCAAAGAUCGCAAAGACACAAGUCAUCUUCUUGUCGAUGGUGACGCUCAAGAAACCACAAGAUGCAGACGUUUUCAUAAAGGCCAUGGGAAGGGAUCUUCAGGCUGUUCGAAAGGAUUUGCUAAAUCAUUACCCUGCGUUUAACCCGUUGGUAGACAAGGGAAAGCCCACCCAGAGGGCCGUCGUGAUCAUAGAUUCACUCAACGCUCUCGCUUCCGCGGCUCCGCAGUCGUUGGCAAGCUUUCUAUCAAGCAUCAUCACACCCGCUGUCUCAAUUGUCGCCACAUACCAUGAUGAUGUGCCCAUUGUACUACCACGGUCUUUCAGCGAAUACGAACCUCAUCCUUUGACAGUACUGUGCCAUUUAGCCACAUCUAUUCUCAGACUAUCGAGCCUGUACCAAGAGAUCCAACGUCAAAAGGCACGUAAUCGAAGUGUCCAGGAGCCAGAAUGGGGUCUAAACGAAGAACGCGAAGGACUACUCGUCGGCCUUGGAGAGAAGGGCAAGGACAGGAACGAAGAUAGUAACGGUGUCGUUAUCUUUAUGGAAUUGCGUCGACGCAGUGGGAGAACCGUAUCUGAAAAGUUCAUCCUCAGCCCCAAGGGUUCAACAGCAGCACCUUUGCCUGGAAAGGUUUGCUUACUUACAGAUCACCCCAUGUUCACAACGCCAACGGAUAGCGGCGAGGCAGGCGAAGGAGAGGAAGAGCCCGAGAGUACUUUUAACCUUGGCCUUACGGAGAAGCAACGCAAGGACCGAGAGGGCAUUGUGCUGCCAUACUUUGAUGCACAAACAGACAUUGGCGCAGGCGAGGGAGGAAGAAUUCUCUACGAGAUGGGCAGAGAGGAUGACUUUGAUGAUGAGGAAGAUGAAAUAUGA